AUGAGCAGAGCAGAUAGUCGCAUCCUCAGACCAUAUGAGGAGCCAUCUACAGAUGGUGGACUUGUCGACUCUCAUGAGACGGGGCCAGCUAAAAUCGCUAAUGGUUCAAGUAGUCGACAGUUAGAAGAUGAACAUCAGAAUCACUCUAGAAAUUUCAACCCGAAUGACACACCUGAAAGAUAUCAGAAUGGGAGAGGUUAUGAGCGCAAAAGCUCUGACUGGACAAGAGACCCAGGUAGAGGAAGGAGUAGAAGUAGAAGCAGGAGACGAACGCCUCCACGCUACCGUCGAAAUGGAUUGGAUCGCAAAGGUUCGCCUCAUUCUCGAGACUCUCGUAACUAUAGUCGAAGUCCAGAACCUCAAAACGCCCGUAAUGGUGGAAGACAACGUAGACAGCAAGAAACACGACCGAAACUGUUUGAUGUGGAUGGUAAACGAAAGGCAGAAAGAGAGAGACAGGCCAUGGAACGUGAAUUACAGCCCGAACCUGAGCCAGCAACGCCACUCGACCCGGCAGAGGAAUAUAAACGUUUAAUGGAUCUCCGUUCUGGAGGCAGAUAUGUACCCCCUGCGAAGCUACGAGCUCUUCAAGAGCAAAUUAUCAAGUCCCAGUCGUCAUCAUCCAAAGAAUAUCAGAGACUCGAAUGGGAUAAGCUUAAGAAAUCGAUAAAUGGUUUGAUCAAUAAAGUCAACGUUGGAAACAUUCGAGAGAUUAUACAAUUAAUAUUUCAAGAAAAUAUUAUUCGUGGACGUGGAGUUUUGUGUCGAAGCAUUAUGAGAGCACAGAGUCUAUCGCUCGCGUAUACUCCAGUCUACGCAUCACUGGUGGCAGUGAUUAACAGUAAAUUACCAGAAAUUGGUGAACUAUUAGUUAAGCGACUGGUGAUUCAGUUCCGAAGAAGUUUCAAACGAAAUGACAAGACAAUGUGUAUAGCAAGUGGUACAUUUCUGGCUCAUUUGGUCAAUCAACAAGUGGCCCACGAGAUUUUGUGUCUUGAAAUUAUGCAUUUAUUAUUACUACAUCCUACUGAUGACUCUGUUGAGAUUGCAGUUGGGUUUGUUAAAGAAGCAGGUCUGUUUUUGUCGGAGAACAGUAGCACGGCUUUCAACGGUGUCUAUGAGAGACUAAGAGUAAUUCUUCGUGAGUCUAACCUCGAAAAAAGAACUCAGUAUAUGAUUGAGACUUUAUUCCAGAUUAUCAAAGAUCAGUUUCGAGAUAAUCCAAGCAUACCAAAGGGUCUUGAUCUGGUAGAAGAGGAUGAUCAAAACAUUCAUAUGGUCAGUCUCGAUGACGAGCUUAAAGGAGAAGAGACAUUGAAUGUGUUUAGAUUUGAUGAUAAAUACGACGAAAAUGAAGAAAGCUACAAACAGAUUAAAAAGGAUAUUCUGGGCGAUAGCGACGAGGAAGAAGAAAGUGAAGAAGAGAAUGAAGCCGAAAACGAGCAGUCUGAGGAUGAGAGUGAGAAUGAAGAUGAGGUUGAGGCAUCCGUAUCGGCAACACAAGAUGUAGCAUCAGACGCAGGUAAAGUCGUGGUGCAGGAUAUGACGAACUCAGCACUUAUCAGCUUACGAAGAACUAUAUAUCUUACAGUCAUGUCAACAAUGUCUAUUGAUGAAGUGUGUCAUAAAUUGACUAGAAUUCAAGUACCCAGCGGGCAUGAGAUUGAAGUUGUCAAUAUGCUGGUAGAAUGCUGCAGUCAAGAAAAGAUAUACAACAAAAUUUAUGGAGGAGUUGGGUCGAGAUUGUGUCGUAUGGGUCGACAAUGGCAAGAUUUGUUUAACAGAGCGUUUGAACACUACUAUGAAAUCAUCCAUCGUUAUGACACAAAUAAACUGCGUAACAUAGCGACAAUGUUUGGUUUUAUUCUUGCAUCUGAUAGUAUGUCGUGGUCUGUUUUCCAAAUAAUUAAGAUGUCGGAAGAAAGCAGCACGUCGAGCUCAAGAAUUUUUGUCAAGCUUUUAUUUCAAGAGAUCCAGCAAGAAAUCGGUAUCAACGAGUUAGUCAAACGACUCAAGGAGCCAUAUCUACAGCAAUAUCUCGUCAACUUAAUGCCUAAAGGAGACGAUCUUGAUGCCACUAGAUUUUCUAUCAACUACUUCACAGCUAUUGGUCUAGGUGCGGUAACAGAGGAUAUGAGAGAGUACCUCAAGAACCUCCCACCGCCCCCACCAGUAACUGACUCUAGAUCCAGCUCACUUUCACGGUCAGAUUCGAGAUCAAGAUCUAGAUCCCGUUCAAGAUCUUUAAGUUCGAGAUCCAGAUCCAGAUCCAGAUCAUAUGACUCGCGGUCUAGGUCCAGAUCUUAUGAUUCCCGGUCUCGAUCUCGAUCAAGGUCACGGUCCUACGAUUCCCAUUCCCGUUCACGAUCACGGUCGAGAUCCAUAUCGUUAUCUCGGUCACCUCCACGUACUAGAAAAAACAGGAGUUUGUCUCGGUCAUCGAGCCUGUCAUCUCAAGGACGAGUACGAAAACGUGCUCGUGGCAGAAGUUAUUCAAGGAGCUUGUCAAGAAGCAUGUCGCAAAGCAGAAGUGACAGUCGAAGCGUGUCUCGAGGAAGAGCUCUGUCCAGGAGCAUAUCGCGAGGAAGAAGUUACUCUCGCAGCUAUUCACGAAGUAGAAGUGAUUCAAGAAGUAGAAGUUAUUCCCGAAGUCGACGCAAUUCCACAAAAAGCUACAGCGAUUCUAGAUCUCGAAGCAGAAGCUACUCCAGGAGUCCGGCUCGAGGACGACGUUAUUCACGACCAUCCUCCACACGGAGAACCAGAAGCUACAGCGACUCGAGAUCACGAUCUGAUCGCUCACGUUCCAUCUCACGUUCUCGUUCACCUUCCCACUCACGUUCCCUCUCCAGAUCUCUCUCACGAUCCCGUUCACGUUCACAUACUCCACCCUCGUUAUCACCCCCACCACCAAAACGCAAAGCGGCAGCUAAGUCCCCACCACAAAAGAGGCACCAAUCGGUCAGCCCACCUCAUGACUCAGAGCCGACUGCCAAACGCAGAGCAAAAGCGUCUGACUAUCUCUAA